UCAGAGUGGGUCACCACAUCAAAUCCACAUUAAAAUCAAACAACCCUAAAAGGAGCCACUAUCUUCCUCUCUUUUUUUAAUUCCCUCAAAACUCCUUAUUGCUAGAUUUUGCUAAUCUCGUUUUUUUAAUUAUAGUAAUUACAGUUCGGUUAUUUACAGAAUAAUAUCAGAUAUACAAAUGAUAAGACUCCAGGAUGGGAUUGUUUACAAAUUUACAAUUAUUUUGAUUUAAUUAUGAAUAAUAUUUUGGAUAGUCGUAUUUGUCUGCAUCAGAUAAAAAAAUAAAAACAAAAAGAGUGACGUGGCAAAUUAGUGUUCCCAAUACCGUUUACCUUUAGUCAACUCCUUCUCUUUUUCCCCCCUAAAGCACCCAAAUGCUCAUUUUACGUUUAAACCUUUCACUGUGAACCUCUCUGUUUUAGUCUCUUUCUUUCUUAGCCUUUUUUUUUUCCCGUUUUCACAUAAAUUACACAACUACCAUGCGACUCCCGGCGCCACCGCCUCGUUCCGGCGAUACCUCACCUUCUCCCUCACCGUCUCUUUCACCAUAUUCCGGUGUAGCUGAAGAGAUUCUUUCUCCUUCUUCUGAUCCUCCUCUACAGUUCACCCCUCCCUUGAUCGCCAUGGUGGUCGUCUUAGCCGCCGCUUUCCUCUUCGUCACCUACUCUCGCCUCAUCUCCCGCCGCUUCCUCUCCCCUCUCUUCCGCCGUUUCCGACGGUGGCGACACCGUCGACGCCGUCUCCUCCACCUCUCCUCCGCCUCAACCUCAUCCUCCGAUCUCCGAUCCUUCUCCCCUUUCCCUUUCGACUCCUUCCACUACUCCACCUACUCACCUUACGGACUAGACGACUCCGUCAUCAAAACGCUCCCUCUGUUUCUCUACUCAACCGCCUCCUGCACCGGAAAAGGCGUUUCCGUGGGGAAAACUCCAACCGUUGUAGACUGCGCUGUUUGUUUGUUGGAGUUCGAGGAAGGAGAUUACGUACGUACCCUUCCGUUAUGCUUCCACGCUUUUCACCUUGAAUGCAUCGAUGAGUGGCUUCGAUCUCACCCUAACUGCCCUCUCUGCCGCACAGCGAUUCUCCGAAACGGCGUCGUUGCGAAUACGACUUCGUCGUUCGUUCCCUUGAUGGCUCCUAGAAUCCGUCCUAGCCUCGACGAAGAGAGUCACGCGAUCACCGUACGCAGCGAAACUCCACCGAUGAUGAUCGCGACGGUGAGGGACGAUCAUGAGAUCACGGUGGCGGUGGAAGAGCAAUCACCGGCGAUUUCUCGGUUCCGGGAGCUGAAGAGAUCUUACUCGUUCGAUUACGAUAGGGAGGAAUCGGCGUCGGAGAGAGUGACGAUGGAGCCAGCGACGGUUUCUCCGUGGAGAUACCGAAGAUCCACGUGGAGCAAGCAGCAGCGUCAGUCUCCGUUCGGAAACCUGAUAUCGAAAUCGAGAGUGUUCUCGUUACGUUACCACAGAAGCGCGAAAUCGCCGUUUUCGCGGCGGCGAUCGGGAGUUUUUUUCCCGAUAUCGGAGCGGAUUCCGGCGACGGGAAGCUCGUCGUCGCGGCGGACGAAAUCGAUGACGAGUCCGAGGUUCUUCAGAACGGCACCGCACUCGUCGAGUCGGUUGAGAUGCGGAGAUCCGGAGGCGUUAUUAUCGCCGGAGAGAUGGAGGAGGAGGGACACGUGUAGGGUAGAUAUGUAAGGUGGAAUUUGGACGGUGGGGAUGAGGGGAAGAGAAAUUGAAGUGGGAGGAGGGAGCAUUAAUGGAAGGUGGGGUUUGGCAUUUAAUGGAAUUAAAAUCGACGAAACAGAGACGGCAAGACGGUGAAGGUUUUGGGAGCUUUCUACGACGACGUUUUAACUGUUUUUUUUUCUUAAUUUUUUUUGUUUAGUUAUAUAGUAUUGUCGUUGGAGUUAUCAAAUGCAUUAACUUCCAAAGCUGCCAAAGUUAUUAUAGAAACGAAGUCAACAAACCACACUAGAUUUCGUUUCUACAAUAACUUUAUAUUUGUCGGUCGCUUAUUGCCUUUCUUUAUUACGGAAGUUUAUGUUUGCUAAACUUUUUGUUCAUACUCCUAACUUUGUGUUUUUUGCAUUUGUUUAAAUUUGACCGCAACAAUUGAUGAUUUUGUUUCACUGGAUAUUGAUGUUCAGCGGCGAAGCUAGUAAGGGAUUCAUGGUCCUCAUGC